GAACACGUGAGGGGCGUGCCGCUUGCUUUUUUUAGGCCGUCACUCUGCAACGGGAGCGCACCUUGUCUAGACAGCGAGCGUCAGUGGGUGGUGACGGCGAGUCUGCAUUUUCCUAUAAUCGAGAGCCCUCUAGGAGUCGGAACGCAAAGCGUCAGUGGUGAAUGUCAGGUAAAAAGAUCGAGCCAGUGAUGGAAAUGCACCACGGGAGAGGGAAAGAGGCAGAAGACGGCAAACCGAAAGUCGAAGAUCCGCAGGAUACGGCAAGCAAUGGUGUAGGCUGCUGUGGAAUCAUUUUGAUAUUCAUCUCCUUUUUGUUCGUCUUUAUGACUUUUCCAUUAUCAAUAUGGCUCUGUAUAAAGAUUGUAAAAGAAUACGAGAGGGCUGUCAUCUUUCGACUUGGACGAAUUGGAAAAGGAGGAGCGAAAGGACCAGGUAUAUUUUGGAUCCUCCCAUGCACUGACAGCUUUCGCCAUGUUGACCUGAGAACUGUAUCAUUCAAUAUCCCACCUCAGGAGGUAUUAACCAGAGACUCUGUUACCAUCAUGGUGGAUGCUGUUGUGUACUAUCGUGUAUUCAAUCCUACAGUAGCCAUCACAAAGGUGGAGAAUGCAGAUAUGGCUACACGCAUGCUUGCACAGACAACUCUGAGGAACAUGUUGGGGACAAAGAACCUUUCUGAAAUCCUCACAGACCGUGAAGAGAUGGCAGAUCAGAUGGAGCAUAUACUGUAUGAUGCCUCAAAGGAAUGGGGAAUAAAAGUUGAGAGAGUCGAGCUGAAGGAUGUCAAACUCCCCGAAGCUUUGCAAAGAGCAAUGGCAGCCGAGGCUGAAGCAUCCCGAGAUGCAAGAGCAAAGGUGAUCGCAGCAGAAGGUGAAAUGAAUGCAUCCCGUGCCUUAAAAGAGGCUGCUUUAGUAAUGGCCGACGCACCUUCGUCCCUGCAGCUCCGCUACCUUCAGACUUUAACGGAGAUCGCCUCAGAAAGGAAUUCCACCAUUGUGUUCCCGAUUCCUAUUGACUUUAUGUCAUCCUUUAUGAAAAGUAAAUGAGAGCGAAAUCUGCAUUAGUGAUAAUCUGGAACUAUGAAUAUUGAGAUUAAAGAUGUGAAUAAAGAUUUACUGUAUAAAGA